GACAACAUUCCGUAUCUCUAUACAUCAUUCAGCUUUCAGAGUUAGAAAUCAAAACAAGUCUACCAAGAUGUAUUGUAAGAUAUUAUGUUUCGCUGCCCUAGUCGCAGUUGCUGCGGCACAAUACGGCUACGGUCAUGGGUCAGCGUACUCGUCUAAUCACAUCUCCCGGCAUGAUGGACAUCCACAACUUGUCCAUGGACAUCACGGUCAUCAUGAUUACCACGCACAUCCCAAGUAUGAGUUCGAAUACAAAGUGAAGGAUCCUCACACUGGAGAUAUCAAGGAUCAACACGAGAGCCGUGAUGGAGACCACGUGACGGGAUACUAUUCCCUUCACCAGCCAGAUGGAUCCGUUAGAUCUGUUCACUAUCACGGUGAUCAUCACACCGGAUUCCACGCUGACGUCAAAUACGACACGCAUCACAUCGUCCCCAAGCACCAUCAUUACUGAAAACAAUGUUAAUAUUCAGCUGUUACUGCGUGAUAUUUUUCCUACUAUUUGUAAAUACUUUCAAUAAACACAUUUAAAUAUAA